GCUCCAGCCCCUUACCCAGGGUUUGUCCCAGUCCCUCAGGCUUAUUACAGUCUCUUAGGCUUGUCCUAGCCCCUCUGCCCGGGCUUGUUGCUUCCUGCCCCAGCCCCUGCUCGUCGCCUGCUGCGGUUCCUCUCGUGUCCCGGGGCUGGGCGGCCUCGGAGCCCCGGGAGCGCUCGGGAAUGUCUGUGCCGUGUCUGGGCACGGGGCUGCUGCUCCUGGGUCCCCCCAGCCCUGCGGGUUCGGCUGCCCUUCGUUCCCGCACUGCACAUUAACCGUGGUUGUUUCUGGUUGUAUGGAACUGCCUUGGGUGAAAAUAGAAGCAUUGUUAGGAAAUUCGACGGAAAGGGUGUAAAUGCCUUCAAAAGAUAUUGGUAUUAACCUGACAGAUCCUAUGUUCAGAGGAAUCUACAGGGGAACACAGAAACAUCAAGAUGACUUUCUGGAUGUAAUAGAGAGAGCAGUCAAAGUUGGCAUUAAAAAGUUUUUGAUUACAGGUGGGAGUCUAGAAGAUAGUAAAGAUGCAUUGCAGCUGGCACAGACAAAUGACAUGUUUUUCAGUACAGUUGGUUGUCAUCCUACUCGCUGUGGAGAAUUUGAGCAGAGUAGCCCUGAACAGUAUUUAUCUGAAUUAAAAAGUCUGAUUGAAAAAAAUAGGACAAAGGUAAUAGCAGUUGGAGAAUGUGGCUUAGAUUUCGAUAGAUUAGAAUUUUGCCCAAAGGACAUCCAACUCAAGUAUUUUGAAAAACAAUUUGACUUGUCAGAACAGAUGCAACUGCCCAUGUUUCUGCACUGUAGAAACUCACAUGCUGAAUUUUUAGACAUAAUGAGAAGAAACAGAGAUAGAAUUGGAGGAGGGGUGGUACAUUCUUUUGAUGGCACAAAGGAACAAGCAGCAGCUCUAAUAGACUUGGAUCUUUAUAUUGGAAUAAAUGGCUGUUCACUGAAAACAGAAGCCAACUUGGAAACACUGAAAUCAAUUCCUAGUGAACGAUUAAUGAUAGAGACUGAUGCACCUUGGUGUGGAGUGAAAAAUACUCAUGCUGGAUCAAAAUACAUUAAAACUACAUUUCCUACAAAAAAGAAAUGGGAAAAAGGGCACUGCUUGAAGGACAGAAAUGAACCCUGCCAUAUAAUUCAAAUACUGGAAAUAAUGGCGGCAGUAAGAGAAGAUGACCCACUUGAGUUGGCCAAUACUUUAUAUAACAACACCAUUAAAGUCUUCUUUCCAAAUAUGUAAAGUUGUUUUUCUUACAUUUAUUCAGCUUAGCUUCAGUAAAUAUAUUGCAAAAACUUAAAAAAAUCAUCAUUCCUGCAAGUUCUAAUCAAUGGAAGCCAAUAUGUAGUGGGUUUGGGUUUUUUAUGUUACAAGAUUAAAGCUGCUUUUGAAAAGGU